AUGCUGCGCUGCGCCCCUAGCAAGCUGUUCCGCGCCACGCCGCUGCUGCGUGUGUGGGCCGCGGAGGAGGACGAUGCGAGCGCACCGCCGACGACCUUCCGGAACGUCAGGCCUGGCCGGCUGCUGCGGCUGUGGCGCCAGAUCCGGCACCGCGCAUGGAUCCUGUACACGUGGGAUGAGGAGUGGGUGUCGCCGAUACAGGAGGGCUACCUGCACCAGCAGCGUCUCGAGCAGGUGUGCUUCGCGCCGCUCUCCGCGUACGGCAUGGUGCCUGGCAGCUACUGCGAUCCGCUGCUGUACAACACCAAGAACACGUCGCCGUUCCGGUGGCACGUAGCGAACGUGCAGAGCGACGUUGUCGGACACUGGUACAUGGACGCCGACGAGCUCUUCCGCAUUAAGGACUGGCAGCCGAGGAACCCGGACGACCCGCUGGAGAUGUUCCCGCGACCGCCACAGAUGCUGCUGCGGUGGGACGAGUCGGUGGACGAGCACGGGAACCGCGCGUUCCGGUACAGGUACAGCUACGAUAUGAUGGGUCCCACGGGCAAGUGGGAGGCGUACCCGCGGUACCCCUUCUCUCACCUUUACCAUGGCGGGCCCGACCAGCACGGACGUGCGGAGGGGUACGGGUUCCAGCAAGGCCACCUCCUGCGCUGCAGCGAAGAGGAGGAGGAGGUGCUGCGCCGCAUCAUGGAGGGGGAGGACAGGGAGUGGGAGAUGGUGAAGCGGACGGAGGCGGUGCAGGAGCCGUGGUCGUACCCGGGCAAGAUCCGCCCGAGGGAUUUUGAGGGGGCAGUGGAGCGUGCCAAGGCGCGGUUCCGCGAGCGGGUCCGACACGGCAAGGAGACGGACCCGAGUGAGGACCCCGAGUACGACCUUGUUCAGGCCGGCGAGUACGUGGAGCCGCGCGAUGGGCGGCGGGCGGAAUGGCGGCAUCUGUGGACGUCGGGCCGCAAGCCCGGCGAGCCGCUUCCCUUCCAAGUAACGUUCAACGACGGCCUCUGCUUUGAGGAGAACGAGGGCGGCCCGCCAGCGCACCCGGCGGCGCACUACGAGGCGACGCCGAAGGGGGCGCCGUACGGGAAGUACGAGGACUCCGACUCCGCUGCAGCCCGCGCAGCUGAGGCGGCGCACAAGGCUGCGUGCGAGCAGUCCGUGAGCGAGGCGAUGGAGCGGCAUCGCAAGCUGUUUGGCGACACGAGCGGCGAGCCGAGCGGGCCGAAGGCGCCUCUGCCGACGGGGUGCCGGCCGAUGAGGGGCGCACCGGGCCCACCGCUGCCAUCUGGCCGCAGCUCGAGUCCGGCGCCAGAGCAGUGA